CAUGCAUGUCGACGAUGGUCGCAGUCGGCUUCUUCUAUUCGUUUUUGGAGCUGCGUAAUCUCGUGUCGACUGAAUGAUUCUGGAGCAGUUUAAAGUCUAUUAUUUUCAUUAUUUUAUAUCAGUACUUACCGAAAACGGAGUAUUAGAAUUAUUAAGCAUCCAUCGACGAAGAUUAUAGAAAAAUGGAACAAGAUUCAAGACGUAAAGGACCAAGAAGUCCUAGCGCGGAUUCAGAGGAUUCGUCUCAUAGGAGAAGAUCGAGGAAAUACGAUCGAUCUCCAUCUCCAAGACGAAGUAGAUACAGGCGAUCGCGUUCCCGGGAUAGAAGAUCACGUUCAAGUUCACGAGAUAGAAGAAGAAAAGAAUCCAGCCGUUCGCAGCAAGAAUGGAAACAGGCUACUUCUCAGUCUCAGACUUCUACUCCUAAUCCAGCUAAUCCUGGUGGCUAUGUGCCACCGGUACACAAUCAGUAUCAGGCACCACCGCCUCCGAACACCAGUCAACCGCCACCACCUUUGUCGGCUUACAACCAAGGAUACGGCACCUAUAACUACAACUAUGGACAGAGCUAUGACUAUAGUUACCAACAACCUACCGGUUAUCGCAGUGAUUAUCCACCACCGAACUGGCAAGGGAACCAGGUAUCUUAUAAUAAUCAGCAACCACCACCACCUCCUACGUUAACAUCCCAACAAGAAUCAUCCAGACAAGUGGACAGUGGUUCUUCUGGAUUGGUAUCGUCCUUGGCAAGACCAGAGGAUGCCAGAAAAGAAGCAGCAAUCGCAGCUGAAGUAAAACAGCAAAAAGCGACACUGGCUAAACAACGCGAGGAAUAUGUUAAGAAGUCUGCUACGUUGCAACGCGAGCUGGAAAUUUUACGUCAACAGUGCGAUGAAAUUGGUAAAGAGGGUGGACGGGAGAAUAAUCGUAUUAUAAAAGAAAAUCAAAAGUUGCAGAUUGAAAUACAAAACAAAAUGAAAUCGAUACACAAUGUUAUCGACAUGCUUACCGGAAUUAUAGGAGAUAAAGCUACGGUAGACGAUCUUAAAAGCAAGUUUAAAUUAGAAAUUAACAAGCGUUCACGGAGUCCUAAAGAAGAUUUUCCGAAAGGAAAGUCUGAAUCACCUGAUAGAUCAUCGGCAUCCGAUUCCGACAAGGAGUCCAAAAUCGAACGUGACGCGAAAGAGCGAAGGUCUCCCGAAGAUUCUAAACCUAUGUACAAUUUUGUACAUUAUGAUCCAGAAAUGCAUUGGUGUAAAGUCUGCGAUAUAUUUCCUAAAACGGCAAAGGAAUAUUUGAAUCAUCUGCAUAGCAAUGAGCACAAAGAAGCUUGUUUAGAACGCAAGAUAGUUGAUAUGCCAUGGCAUGAGCGGAAUGGAGAAGGAACGGAAAAGGAAGUGCCCUUUUAUCCUGGACUGCCAACGAAAAGAACACCUAUCAAAGGUCUGCAGUUCUUCAGUGCUGCGACGGCAUGGUAUUGUAAGCUUUGCGAUUCCUGGAUCGGUGAUCUUCAUUGCGCGAGCUUGCACUUGAAAUCCAAACAACAUUCAGAGAAUUAUUCUCAUUUCGUUGACCAAAAUCCUCAUUGGGAAACUGAUUGGAUGGCAGAUCGCGAGAAAGCUUUCUCGGAGGAGAAGCACAAACAGAUACAAAUGGAACUACAGAAACACAAAGACGACGAUCCACCGCCAAAAAAGAAGUCGAAGAAAAGCAAAAAGAAAUCGAAGAAAUCUAAGAAACGAAGAAAUAGAAGCAGCGGUAGCGACAGUUCCAGCGAAUCCGAAAAUUCUGACACCGAUUCUGAUCAGGACAUGUCCAAGAGCAUUCGUGUCGCUAUGCGCAAUAAAAUGAAAGCUUCGACUCAAGCGAUCCUCAACGAGGAAAUAGAUUAUCAUCGGAUAAAACUGAAAGGUCAUUGGUCGAAAAUGGCCCAGCAUUUGAAUCAACCUCCUACUCCGGAACCGCAAGCGGUGGAAACCGACGACAGACAGUUGUUAAAUUCGAUUAGAGAUAAAUUAAAGGCAAAGCAGGAGGAGGAAAUGAAAUCCAUCAGUAAUCGAAGAUUGAGUCAAGAAAAAACGAUCGAAGAAGAGGAGGAAGAAGAACAGGAGCAAACUUCUUUCUCCAAUAAGGUUAAAGCGGAGAGUUUAGAAGCUUGGGGACCAAAGGAACCACCGAAACCUUUUUGGAUAAAGAAAGAGGAAGAAAAAUCGCAACCAAUUGCCAAUAAACCGAUCGAGCUUCCAAAGCCCGAGGAAAUGCCUAAACCACACAUGGGAUUUUGGACGAAACAGCAAGUUAACAUGACCGUUAAACCGCCGGAAAGUUGCAAAUCGAUGGAAAAGGAAGACGAAAGAGAACGCGAGAACGAGAGAUACAAAGACGAUCGCGAUAGAAAGUACGAAAGACGAGAGGAUAAAUACGAACGCUACAAUAGAUACGAAAGAAGACGUGGUCGAGAUAGAGAUAGGGAUCGGGACCGAGAUAGGGAUAGGGACAGGGAUAGGGACAGGGAUAGGGAUAGAGAUAGGGACCGAGACAGAGAUAGGGAUUACUAUGAGGAUCGGAGGAAACGAGACAGUAACGAUUCUCCGCGACGCGAAAGGAGCUGGCGCGAUAGUCCGAAAAGAAGUUACGACAAGUACGGCAAAGACAGACGGGACGACAAUUCGUCCAAUGACGAGUCUAAAUUCGAAAAGAAAACAAACGAAUCCGCGUCGAAAUCCAAGAAGGGCAGUAUACCGAGUAAAAAGUCCGCGCCGCAAGUAUCUAAAGGCAAGUUACCUUUCAUUGGUAGGUUACCAUUGUUUAAGAAGAAAGCGGAAGAACCGAAAUUGCCUGAAAAGGAUAUUACCCCUCUUCCUUACCAGCAAAGUAAAUUCGAGGAUACGCCUAAAGUUCCCAAUGAAAUUAUCAAUCCACCAGGUGUGGUGCAUAUUACAAAACUUGCUACCCCGGUUAACCUUGGUAACAGUAGUACUAACAAUGCUAACAAUAACAGUAACAAUAAUAGCAGCUCUACCAGUAGUCUACCGGUUCAGAACAGUAAAACUCAGUCGAUGAAGAUAUUAGUUGCUCCACCUCCACCUGUGUUAAAUGAAACUAAACCGACGCAGCAAGUAGUCGACAUGGAAAUUGAAGAUCAAUCCGAGGAGACGGUGAUAGAGGAACCGAUAAUAGAGCAGCAGAAACAAACGCAGGGUGUGUCUAAAUUACCACUGCCUCCUCACCCUCCACCGCCAUUAAAUAGACCACCACCAUCUUUCUCGGCUCAGCAAUCGCAACAACAGCAACAACCUCAACAACAGUCUGUUCAGAGUAGACCACAGUUCCCUACGAAUCGACCACCUCCGCCGUUUUUGUCCAAUCCACCGCCGUUCGUUCAAAAUCAACCACGAUUUCCUCCUCAUCAACCGGUACGUCCACCGGUACAGAGUCAUCCGCCUUACAUGACAAAUCCACCACCACAGAUGCCCACUGUUCCUCCUUUCGUUCAGAAUCAUCAGAAUCCACCACCACCUCCGUUACCGGCCGUGGAAGGUGCAACACCAGACAUCUCUGAAAUACCAGAGCCUACAGAGAAACGAACUGAUCCUAGCAUUCCUUUACCUGACGACUUGCAAGAAGCUCUGAAUAUUAUUUUCCCCAAAGAAGAAACUGAGACCAAGCAGCAAAACAGUCAAGAAAGUAAUAUCAUGUAUUCAUCUAUGUAUAGUAUGUUAGGCUGCGUUGGUUAUGGGCCAGAAUACAUGGAUCAGCCACCGCCAGAGAUCACGCAAGCGGAAAGUGAAGUGGAUACUCAGCCUGGACCAGACGAUUUAAAGAUGUUAGGCAUUGACGAAGGAGAUACUAUACUGUGAAAUUUUUUUUAUAGAACACUUGUUGACUAAACUUCUCCCAUUUGAUAAGAUUCACUGUAUAUCUGAUCGUUUCUUUAUCUUUUCCUUCGAAAUGGUUAUUGUUCAUGAAAGUUGAUUAAUUGCAAAUCGACGAUACGUAUCUCUCGAUGUAAAAUUCAUAUACUACACAUGUUCGAAAUGAACCUUAUGUAAAUUAAGAACAAUUAUAUAAGCUAGUAUUUUAAAUAGGCAAUAGUAAAUGUUUCUCUUUCGUUUGUUGAUAACGAAUCAAUUGAUACUAGAGCGUUCUUUCAAUAAAAAGAAAACAAGAGGAAAAAGAAAAAAAAAUACGGUCGGAAAUAUAUUAUAAAAUAUUUACUAUUUUUUAUCGGAUAUACUGUUUUCAUCUGAGUUCGUUCGAAAAGAAUAGGAGGAUAUUUUUAAGAUAUGCGUGCAGCAAGUUAAAGUUGAUAAUAUUAUAAAAUUACUUUCCACUAUACGUGCAUUGUUGCAUAGUUCAAAUUUAAAUUUUCACUAAAAUGCGAGAUUUCGACGAAUGAUUUGUGUAUAAAGGUAUUAUAAUUUGAAACAUUGGUACUUUAGACAUGUAAGGAAAGCUUUAGUUUUUAUGACACAUUUAUUUUGAACGCCGAUACGAACGCUAUAUAAACACGAUGUUUUAACAAGUUUCUAAUUGUAAAUUUGAUUUAAUAAUAUUAUUGCAUCAAUAAAUGACGGAGUCGUGUAAAAUGAGA